AUGGCCCCCUGGUGCUACUGCCUCCUUGCCCUCCUGAUAAGGAGUCUCUCUGGGACCCCUUCCAACUCCCCAGGUGAAUCAAGGAACCCUUGGGUCACAGCUCCAGUGGCCCCUGGAGAGGUAGUGGAGACUGCAGAUGAGGUAUGCAAGUUCCCAGGACAGCGGCUGAGCUGGUGGCAGCCCCAAGAGUCCUGUGAGCAGCGGUUUGGCCACGUAGUACUGCAGCACCCAGAUGCGGUCCUCACUCCACGGCUGCCUGACCCCAUCUGGGUGGGCAAAAGAGAGGCCCCUCUGCAAAGACCCCCGCAGAGGCGCGCGCGCACCGCGGCCGCACUAACGUUCGGCGAGAGGACCGCGGGCCAGGCGGCGUGUCUCCGGACGCCUCUGCCGGUGCUCGGGGCGCUGACAGCGUGCGUGCACGUGCAGUGGAACGCCGCUUCAUCCGACGCGGCCGUACUCUUCUCCCUGGCUGUACCCGCGCUGGCCAACGCGCUGCAGCUGCGCGCCUUCGCCGAGCCGGGCGGCGCCGUGCACGCGGCGCUCGCGGUGCGCGAGCACCACGCGCCUUUCCGCGCUGCCUUUCGCGCGGAUGGCCGCUGGCACCACGUGUGCGCCACGUGGGAGCAGCUCGGCGGGCGCUGGGCGCUGUUCGCCGACGGGCGGCGACGCGCUGGGGCGCGGGGCCUAGGCGCGAGCCACCCACUGCCACCUGGCGGCAUCCUUGUUCUGGGCCAGGACCAGGAUUCUCUGGGCGGCGGCUUCUAGGCGCGUGACGCCUUCAGCGGCAACCUCACCGACUUCCAUCUGUGGGCCCUGGCGCUGAGCCCCGCGCAGCUGCACCGGGCACGCGCCUGCGCGCCGAACCCCGGCGGCCUGCUCUUCCGCUGGGAUCUGGGGGCCCUGGACGUCACACCCUCGCUGCUACCGCCGGUGCGGGUGCAGCCUCUCUGUCUGGUGCCCUCAGAGUAAUGCCCUACGUAGGACCCUGGACCCCGCACCGAGGGCUUUUUGUUUUGCCUGCAGCCUCUGCACUUCCUCUGCUGCUACUGGACAGAGACCUACCAGCAGCUGCAGGACGCCCAGUCAUGGUCUGGCCAGGAUGUUAUCAGCCAAGUCAAUGCCUUGGCCAAUGCCAUUGUGCUCCUCCCUGACCCUCUCUCUGAAGCCCACGGAGACCUGUCCCUGGCCGAGGCCUCCAGCUUCCUGGGAAUCCUGGAGAGAGUCCUGACAAAGGAGACAGCUCCACUGGGGCCAGCUGCGCUGCUGGCUGUCACGCACUUCCUGAAAAGUGUGGCAGCCCUUGGGACAUGGGAGCCAGAGCCCAUGACUCGGCCCUGGGAGCAGCUGGGCCAGGCCGUCGUGUCUGGGGCCAGCCUGGUCCUGGAGGAGCAGCUGGCUGGUGUGUGGCUGUCAGUCAGCGAGGUCGUGGGCGGACCCAAGGCCCUGGUGGUGAGCGAGCAGCGCCUGGCGCCCCUGCUGAGCACCAUGCUCACCUCUGAGCGGCCCCGAACGCACAUCCAGCACCACCAUGCCGGUGAGCCUGACCACCACCCCCUGGAAUUGCCGAGCCUACGCUUGAGGGAGACCAGCACGGAGGGCCAGGUGUUCACGAUGCCCGGUGGGCAUCCAGAGGGGCCUGGCCACAUCCUCAUCCCUGCUGCUGAAGUGAGGCGGCUCCUCAGGAAAGGCCUCUCUGGAGUCACCAUGAUCCACAGCUGGUUCAGCUCAGGUGUCUUCCAGUACACCCUGGGGGCCCCUGGCCGAGAGCCCCAGGCCCCGGACACCUCUGAAGAGGCAAGCAGAAUGCAGAGGUUCCUAAGCACCCAGGUGGGGUCAGCAAUCAUCUCAUCUGAGGUGUGGGAUGAAACCGGGGAGCCCAACACGGCUGUGACCUUUCACCUGCAACACUGGGCGCAGUCUCCUUUGAGGCCUCCACAUCCCCCUGCAUCGUCUGGCCUCUCUCCUUACUCAGGGGGCUCCUGGGCCACCACUGGCUGCUCCGUGACCGCUCUGUACCAGGACUCAACCGCCUGCUUCUGCAACCACAGCGCCGUCCUGUUGCAGGUGUACGAUGUCCAGAGGGGCCCCGACGGGGGGUCCCUGCUGAGGACGCUCUCGUCUGUGGGCUGCGGUGUGCCCUGUGCCCUCGCCACCACCUUCUUGCUCUUCCUGGUGUCCGGGGUCCCCCAGUCAGAACGAGCCACAGUCCACAAGAACCUCACCUUCUCCCUGGCUUCCGCCGAGGGCUUCCUCGUGGCCAACGAGUGGGCAAAGGCCAACAAGGUGGCGUGUGUGGCCGUCACAGCAGUGAUGCACCUCCUCUCUUUGGUCGUCUUCUCCUGGAUGUUGGCGGAAGGGCUGCCGCUGUGCAGCAAGGUGGUGGCUGUGCGCAUGCGCCUGGGCCCCAGGAAGCCGCUCUGCUAAGCCACAGGCUGGGGCGUGCCUGUGGCCAUGGUGGCCAUCACCCUGGCCGUGUCCCCCCAUGACUACGUGGCCACCGGGCACUGCCGGCUCAAUGUGCACACAGAUGCCAUCUGGGCUUUUGUGGGGCCCGUGCUGGCCGCCAAUACCUGCAUCCUGGUCCGUGUGGUGAUUGUCACCGUGUCCAGGGCCCGCCGCCGUGCCCGCACGCUAAGCCCGCAGCCCUGUGUGCAGCAGCAGAUCCCGAUCCAGAUGUGGGCCACCGUGAAGCCAGUGUUGGUCCUGCUGCCCAUCCUGAGCCUGACCUGGCUGGUCAGCAUGCUGGUGCACCUCAGCCCAGCCUGGGCCUAUGCCACCGUGGGCCUCAAUUCCUUGCAGGUCCUGUGUCCUGGAGCCACAGAGAUGGGUCAGACUAAGCCCUUGUCUUCAGGGGGUUUGCAGAUCUAUGGGGGACCCAGGGGGCCAUACAUCUUCCUGGUCUAUGCAGCCUACAACACGGGGAGAACCCAAAAGACCGGUGUCCCAGUCCUUCUGAGUCUCAGCUUCCCCUUCUGCAAAAUGGGCUGGAGGCGGUCCCUGCAGGCCUGCCUGGAGGGCGCAGGCGCCCUGAAGGCGGUGGGCGUUCCGAAGGGGCCGAGAGGCACCCCCCACCCCCCCCACAUCGGCUUCCAGCCCCCCGCCCCGCCCCCGCAGGCGCAGCGUCUGUGGGAACAAGAGAGCCGCAGCGGUGCCUCUGCACUCAAGCGACAGCGCCUUUGUCUCUGCUGA